GGUCAUUUGUAUUUGGAACGCCGUAGCAGACAGAAGGACACGGGUGAAAAAGCGACGAAGCGUGCGAACGGAGUGGAGCGGCUACUUUUAGCGCCCUUUUUUGUUUCAUUUUCCCCACUCACAAAACGCAACAUUUUUGGCAACAACUUUUCGGCAAACCAAUUGAAAAACAAACUAAACGAACUAAUCGCGGCUCGGGAAUCAACAACAAAUUUAAUUCCGAUGCAAUACUUGUGUUCGUAAACAAUUUUUUUCUGUUCGAUCCGAUCCCCGAUAAACGAUAAACGCGAAUUCCAGUGAUCUUUUGGAAAAGGGCGAAGCGAAAAGCGAACCCAAACCGAAAAACUCUAAAUCACCGGUAAAAAAAAAAGUGGCGAGAGAGAGCAAGAAAGAGAGAGAGAGAGAGAUAGGGAGAGUGUGAUCACAUCGCAUCGCCAUUCUCGCUUCCCUCGCAAUUCGCAAAAACAAAAUUCGAAAUUCAAAAUUGACCAGCAUUCGUUGCGGUUCCGAUAUUGGUUUCUUCAGUUCAGUUCAGUUCAGUUUCGUAUUAUUUAUCGAGUCUGCUGUUGUGUGUCUUUCGUUUCGCCGAAGAGGAGCGGUGAAAGAGAAGAAGGAGGAGGAGCGGAGCAGAAGAAGAAGGAGCGAAGCAGAAGUCCAAGUCCAACGAAGAAGUGCCCAAAGCGAGGCGCAGAUAAUACAAAUACAAAGCACAAAAAAACAAAAAAUCACAAAAAAAUAAAACGAAACGAGAGCAUAUAACAUAAAAACCCAAAACAAAAACGAUCGGCUCAGCAGAGCCAACGAAAAGCAAGCAGCGUAGCAGCAGGAGCAGAGGAUGCACCACUGAUCCCGGAGAGCUCGAGACAUGAGAAGCGAAACACCGAGCAGCCACCAAGCAUCGACUUAUGUAGCGGUCCAUGACGAGCAUUAAGACCGAGAUGCCGCCCCUGCACGCGGCAGAGGCGCUCGCCUCCAGCAGUGCUACAGACAGUGGUGGGGGAGGAGCAGGAGGAGGAGGAGGAGGAGGUGGAGGAGGAUCGGGCGGACCAGGAGCGGGAGGAACGGGAGGCGUAGGCAGUGCGCCCGCCACACCCAAUGCCACAAUUAGCGCCGCCGCCGACUCCAGUGAUAAUCAACCCGGCACGCCGCAGCCCACGCAACAGCAGCAAUCGACGCAGCAACAGUUGCAGCAGCCACAAUCGCAACAGCAGCAGCAGCAGGCCAUGGGUGGAGGAGAUCCCCAGCAGCAGCAACAGCAGCAGCAGGUAACGGGUAUCACCCACCAGCCGUACGCCACCCACCACAUGUACUCCGCAUCUGGCGGACAGCAGCAACAACAGCAGCAGAUCUACGGCGGACUCUACGGCGGGGACAUGCAGCAGCAGCAGGGUUACGCCAGCAGCUACAUCAACAGCUACGAGCAGUUCUACCAGCAGCAACAGCAGCAGCAGCAGGGCACUGAUUACGCCUUUGGCACCGUGGGCGUUGACUAUGGCAAGAGCGCCGGUGUUCGCUAUCAUCCCUACCUGCAGACGCCAACCUCCGGACUGGGAGGCAUUCCAACGGCCAGCUCGGCACAGGAGGAGGCGGGCAGUGCGCCCAGCGCGGUCAGCACCACCACAGCGGUGGCCAUGAGUCCGCGUGUGGUUAGCAGCAGCAGUCCAACGUCGACGUCCUCGCACCUGCAGCUGGGCAGCUCCAGUGGCCAGACACCAGGCUCACCAGGCGGAGCCGCCGGAAGUGCCGGAUGCAAGUUGCAGUGCAAGAAGUGCGGCAUCCUCACCACCAACGAGUCGGAGCUACAGGAGCACAUCGCCAACGUGCACGGAGAGUCGCCGUACGGCAGCAGCGGUUACGCCAGUUCACCGUACAUCAAGGAGGAGAUGCCCACACCACAGCCACCCGGCGUUGGAUCCGCAACGGCCAAUCCCGGCGAAUUACUCGACCUAGAUUCCCAGAAGAUGGUCUAUCACCAGCAGCUGCUCCAGCAGCAACAACAGCAACACGACGUGGUCGCUGGACUGCCGCUGGGCGCUCUGCCGGAUCCGCUGCACUCGAUGCAAUCUAUGCAGCAGCGCGCACUCCACAGCUGGGAGCAGCAGCCACAGCAGACGGUGGCCUCCGUGGAGGGCCUGCCACCCUACAUGCAGCAGGGAUUGGGCGUGGGGCUGGGAGUCGGUGUGGACAAGUCGCCCUACUACUCACCAAAGCAGUCACCCUAUCAUCAGUCAACCGGCGUUGGCGGAGCCACGCUGAUCAAGCAGGAGUACGGCGGCCACGGACUGAUCAAGUCCGAGUAUCCCGAUUCGCAGCAUUACGUGGACAAGUCCUUCGAUCCCACAGCUGGCGGAGCUGGUGGCGCGGAACUGUGCGCCAGCGUGGCCACCAGUCCGGCGGAGUUCCCCAGCACCACUACGGGCGGACCAGGGCAGGAGGGAGCGGCGGGUGCGGCGCCAGGAGGUGGAUACCGCGGUUUCGAGCCACCCAGCUCGAGCUCCGUGCUGCCGGCCAACAGCCUGACGGCCAAGGCGGCCACCUGGAAGUCGAACGAGGCGCGCCGUCCGAAAACGUACAACUGCACGGCCUGCAACAAGUGGUUCACCAGCUCGGGCCAUCUUAAGCGCCACUACAAUACGACGCUGCACAAGAAUGCGGUUAAGUCGAGCGGCCAGCCGGAUCCAGCCACCCUGCCCAUCUCGGCGCACCACCAUCCCGCCCGCGACCCGGUGACGAAGCCCAGUCGCAGGGGCAAUGCCGCAGCCGCUGCGGCCGCCGCUGCAGCUGCCGCCUCGGCCAGCGGUCAGGGUCAGCAGCAACAGCCGCCGAUACCGCCGCCGCCGGCCAAUGUGCCACCCCCGGAGCCGCCUAGAAGUCCGCCCGAUUAUGGCGGAGGAGGCGGCUUGGGCGUGGGAGCGAUGGGCGGCGCUGCCAUGUCCCAGUACUCGGCCUCACCCUCGCCCACACAGCAGCAGCAGCACCACCUCAACCACCAUCAGCAGCAGGCCAACGGCUAUGCUAAUGGCACCGCCAACGGCUAUGGCUACAUGCAGCAACAAGUGCAAUCCACGACAAACGCUUCACCACAGCACGCUUCCAACAACAACAGCAACAACCAGCAGCAGCAGCAACAACAGCAGCAGCACCAUCAGCAGCAGAUGCCGCAGCACCACAACUCCGUUUUGAACGGUCACCCAAACGGGCUAGCAGGUCCCUCCGCCCCACACAACAACAACACCACCCAAAUGCCGUCCUCCCAAAUGAGGGGCCUGCUGAACGAAACAACAACCACGCCGCCACCAACAACAACAACCCGAGCACCACAAAUCACAACAACAGCAACAACAACAACAACGGCGGCCACCACGGUAGCUAUAAAGAGCGAGCAAAUGGAGGACAGCAACCACACUCACACCCACACACACACGCAUCCCAAUCACAGUCACAGCCAGGACAGGAGCCACAGCAGCAGCAGCAGCAGCUCAAUGGCCACGGAGGAGGCGGAGGAGCAGGAGCUGCGGGAUCAGGAGCAGGCGGACGAUCACCUGCAUCAGCAUCAACAGGCGUCGCAGCAGUAUCUGCUGUCGGCGCGUCAUUACCACAGCAGCACGCCCAACACGCUCAGCAGCAGCAACACCAAUCCCAGCACGCCCAGCAGCAACUCGCCCCAUACUAUCUACCGGCAGGAGCAGCAGGGAACGGAUUUCUCGCGCACCACCCCGCCGCCGCAGCCGCUGCCGCCUAUGGGAAUGCUGCCGCCUAUGGCAAUGGACUACAACAUGCUGGCUUUGGAUAUGCCCAUGCCCAUGCCCACGCUCAUGCACAGCAAUAUGCUGCAGUGCAGCAGCACCAGCACCACGCCGCUAGCUACUACCAUCACCACCAGUAUGCCGGACACUAUGCAGCCGCCGCAGCAGCAGCUGGUGCACCACUACCAGGCGGUGCUCCACCCGCUCCAUCAGCAGCUGGGGGAGCAGCACCAGCGCCAGGAGGCGGAUCAUCAUCAGCAGCAGCGGGAGCUUCACCAACUGGAUCAGCAGCAGCAGCAGCAGCAGGCGUUAAUCCUGGCGGACAGUUUGCCGCACAGCAGCAGUUCGCCCACCAGCAGCUCCCCACCGCCCACCAUGCCCAUGCCGCUCACCACCAUCACAGCGCCGCAGCUGCUGCCGCUGCAGCCGCCGCCGCCGCACAUCACCAGCACCAUGCCCAUGCCGCCCACCAUGCACAUGCCCAUCAUGCCGCCGCCGCCGCAAUGCUACCAGCAGCUGCAGCCGCUGGACCCCACAAUGAGCUAUCACACUAUUAUUGGUAGUGGCCCGGAGGCGCAUACCGGAACGGCCGGCGGUGGCUAUAGCAAUCAGAUCACCACCAGCGAUGGCCAGAUCCUGCAGCUGAUGCCAACAUCCCUGUUCGCGCCAUAUGCACCGCUCUCGCCGUACUCGGUGGCCGCCCAGCGAUCGCCGCAGGAGGGCGAUCUGCCGCCGGUUCACACACUCACGACGGCCCUGCAUGCCCAUCAGCAGGGCGGGCAGCAGGAGGCGCAGACGCCAACGCUGACUGUGCUCUCCACGCCCUACUCGCCCACAGUGAGCAGCUCGCGGGCGACUCCCGCACUGGAGAUGGAUAUGGCCACGCUGAUGCAGCACCAUCAGGACUAUGAGAUGGAGCAGUACCAGAUGCAGCACCAGCAGUUGGAUCAGAUGCAGCAGCACCAGCAGCAACUGGACCACCAGCAGCAGCAACAGAUCCUGGCGGAUCAGACCCAGACGAUGGCCCAACAGCCGCUGGCCAAGAAGCGGCGUGGCGGCAACGCAACACCAUCGACGACGAAGCGACGGCGGAACAGCAGCGUCGGAUCGACGUCGCCGCACUCGACCACCCUGCCAUCGGGACGGAUCAAGUGUCUGGAGUGCGACAAGGAGUUCACCAAGAACUGCUACCUCACGCAGCACAACAAGAGCUUCCACUCCGCAUCCAGGAGGCAGAACAAAUCGAAUCCAUCUAUGUACCCAGCGAACGCCCAGAGACGGAUCAAAAUUUAAGCGAAUUGAAUUAUUUCGGACAACCCGCGAACUCGGCGCUUUGGCAAGGACACCAAGGAAGGAUGGAAGGAUACCCAUAAAUUUGAGCGCUGUAUGAUGGACUAACCACAUGCACUCCAACCAAACCAAGCAAUCCAAAUAACCAAUCCCUUUCGAUCAUCAUCUUCAUCUGCACAAAGGAUUCCAGGAUCUAUAGAUCUAAAUGAACGUUUUUUGUUUUGUUUGUUUGUUUUUUGUAUUCUUAGUGCAAUCAACUAGUUUCGUGUCGAAAGAAAGACGAACCCAAGAACCCCACAUGAACGAAAUCGAAUCUCCUUAGCGUAAAUUUAGCAUAUGUAACUCUUUGUGUAUCUAAGGAUCUAAGUAAGCCAGCCAAAUAGCUGUACCAAUCCGGGCAUUAUCGUGCGUACUUUUAGCCCACUUACCCACUUACGCUCCUAGCCACAAAUCCACAUACAAAUGCAAUUGCAACCGUUAAGCUGUACAUACAUAGGCGCCAGAAAGGUUCAAGGACUAAAACUUAGAUGGGCAGGAUUGAGAAGAUGCAGCUGAAGAACAUUGUCUCCUAUAUAUCAACAUUGUGCAUAUCAUUUAUUGGGCAAACGACAAAUAAAAACAAUAAUUAAACUUAAAUAGCAAAAGGUUAAAAGCAGGAGGGGCAAUACUUUUAGUUGAAAUUGAUUUGAGUUGAAUUGAAUUGAAUUGAAAUGAAAUGAAUUUGCUCGCCUUGCGAAACGCAUUUCAUCCGUCAGUUGAGAGUGUUUACUGUGCAAUAUAAAACUAACACAUGUAUUCUAUUGUGUUUUUUUUUUUUUUUUUGUUUUUUUUUUGUAUCGAAAUGUUAAGGACGAAACCUAGCGAUAGCAAAGAACCACAAAGGAUUACCUCGGCAGAACCGCUCAGAAAGUAAUAGAAAUCUACCUCGUUAGCAAUAAAACAAUGAUCGAUUGAAGAACGAAUCAGAUCGGCAGGAAUAUUUUAGUUUUAGUUAUAGUUUUAGUUUGAGAUGGCGAACGAAUCGAAGAAAAUGUCAACUAAUUAUACGUAAAACUAAAACAAAUAACUUUAAAUGUAAUUGUUUAUAUGCUAUUUAUACACACACCUAUACAAUAUGUAUAUCCUAUACGAAGGAUACUUUUAGGCUUAAUGACAUUCGAUUGCCGCCCUGCCACGCCCCCUGCGCCACCCAUCCCCCCCCCCCGCCCUCGAGUUGCGCGGCAUUGUCAUCAGUUUAAAUUUGAAUCUUUACAGUUUGGCCAGCUACCGUGAAUUUGUUGCUCAUAUGACAAAACGCAACGAACACGCCCCCGGGGGGCGGUGGCGCAAGGUGGGCGGGCGGCGACCACACCCACAUCCAUACCCUGCCCCAACCAUCUCAACAACGAAAUUCCCAUUGAGAACUAGGAUGGCAGCGUGAACAAGUGAUUUCGAUGGUCCUGCAAGCAAUUAUAAUUAUGAUACAGCAAUUGCAGUUUUUCCGAUCGAUUUACAUAUAUAGAUUACAUACAUAUGUAUAUGCGACUAAAGAUGAAAAAGAUUAAUCAGAAUACGGUAGAUUUAAAGAGUAUCCUUGCAGGGCUAUUACAUUUUUCGGAACACCGAAUCUAUUUAAUUCCUCCCCCUUUGUUUGUGUUUGCAACUAUGCGCAAACUAUAGUUCUAUUUUAUAUUCUUUUUUUUUUUCUUGAUGCAGAACACCUAAGCAAUACUUGAUGCAGGCAAAAAAUCACUUUGGUUCUGAUUAUGACGACCCUUUCGGUCUGAGCCAAAUGCAAUUUCUUCAAGGAAAAAACCAGAAGCGAGAGAAAGUAAACAUAUUUAAAUUAUGUAGCAACUACAUGUUAAAUUUUAGCAAUUAAUUAUUAAACAAAAGGGAGCACAAAACCCAAAUGAAAGCAACCUACAAAUUAUACACACACACACACAUACGAAUAUGAUGAUCGGAUAUAUGUAUAUUUAAAGGAUCAAAGAACAUUUUAAGCAGCACCAAGUGAAAUGAAACGAAAAAACACGAAAACACUGAAAUCGCCAUGAAGUUUAUAGGAAAAGUUGAACAAUCGCCAAAUGCAUGAUACGAGUAUAUGUAUGUAUAUGUAAAUAUGGGUGCUUCUUUUACAAACCGACCAGGAAAUGAAUAUGCCAUCCCAAAUCUAUUCUAUUUCAUUCACAUUUCGGCGAAAACUCAAUCAAUAUGUUUAAAGUUAUAAGUGGACAAUGAAUUCCUUUCGGUUUGUAAGAGAAUUUCCCACAUGUGUGUGUCGUAGUAAUGCCAAAAAUAAAAAAAAAAGAAAGAAAGGAAAAAACACUUUAAUUAUAUUCAAUAAUUCGACAAGGAACCGUGUACCUCUAUCGCUCCACCAAAAAACAAAAAAAGCACACAGAUAAUGGUUUAAAAAUAUCGAAAUCAUUGUCCAUUGUAUACAAUGAUAUUUCGUGUAUGUUGUGUGUGCGUGCAUUGGUAUUUGUACAUUUUUACACACUUAUAGCCACUUCAAAAAAAAAACAAAACAAAACAAAACAAAACCGAACAAGAAACAAGUAACCUCAAGAGAACCCAUCUCGUAUCAGGAAUUUUAACAAAGAUUUUAUAUAAUAAAAGUUAGGAAAACUCAGUGUUAAAAAGUCAGUCUAAAAAAGUCAUGAAUAUAUAUAUAUGUAUGUGUGUUCUCUAAUAAGCACAUCUCAAUGUACCCAAAAUGAAUUUAUGCACGAGAAACGCCAGCAGUGAACCAAAUUGUCACCCGUUACGUAUCUCUAAAAAUACACCUGUACAUACAUUUAUGUGUACAUCCAUGUAAAAGACGGGUCGCCACCCCCAACGCCUCACCACCCCCCCCCCCCCCUCACAUUGAAGGAAAACCCGAAAUUGUCAAGCCAAAAAAAAAAAGAAGGGAAAGAAAGCAAAGUAAUGCAAAACUGACACACGACAGACGAAAAAUGAUUUUUUUUGAACCGAAAUAAAGAAUGUAAACU